CGGCUAUGUUUUUUUCACACAACUGUCAGUUUCUUCCACUGAACUGGCAAUGUUGGUUACUUCAUUAUUCGUUUUCUGACAAUCAUGUCAAAAGCGAAUGAAAGAGAAAAAUAUUUAAAAACUUAAAACAAAGUUUAAAAGAACUCGUUAUUGGGUUCUUUAGUUUUUCGUGUAUAAGCAUCGCACUUCAAAAAAACUGAAGUGUCUGUUGUGUCAAAUUCUUUCGUGCGAAUUCUCUCGUUGGUGACGGCUGCAAAUUUUAAAGUGCUUUAAACGAAAAAAAAUGGUCCGUAAACGGCAGACAGCGACACAGAAACGUGUUUUGGAAAUAGCCAAAGCAAGAAAUAUCGAACUUUUGCGAUAUGAACUGGGUGAAUCAAGCCGAUCCGCUGCAACUAUGGAGCAGGCGAACCAACGUAAAUUGAGCUCAACAUCAAAGGAAACUGUGAACCCAUCAGACGAAAUACCUCGGAAGCAACUCAAAGUGUUAAUUCAGAAGAAUCCUGAAUCAACAACCUUGACUACAGAGCUAUCCAGCCCAGAUGCCGAAAUAACAAUUUGCAACAACCAGUCAACUAUUACGGAUCCACCGGAAACUACGGACUCGCAUGUCAUUGACGACCAGGAGCAAUCACCAACAACUAGCGGCUCAUUGACAAUCGCGGACUCUGGUACUAUUGAUGACCAGGAGAAUGCCACCAAGCAAGAUAACAAUGACGCUUGUACUUGUGGAUUGCAAGUAAAAGUUUGCCAACUCGAUGCCCAAGUGAAUGAAUUGCAAGGAGCACUCGAUGAGCUCAAAGUAAAAGUGGCAUUUUACAAGAAGAAAACAACUGACCUAAAAGUAACUAACGCCAAACUGCAGAAAGCCCUAGUGUCCAAACUGUUGCCUGAGCCCGUUCAAAGAUGUAGAAGGUUUUCCGAAUUGUGACGAUAUUAUGACGAUGUCAAUGGAAGCGCAUGAUAGCGAUUACAUGUUUGUGAAAUUCCUUAUGAACGCUAUCUAGCCGGAUGGAUUUGCUGGCAGAACCGUACGGACGGGUUUCAAAUAACCCAAAAGGUCGUCCAAAAGUGAACGUCGUAGCCACAGAAGGAAAUGCUGGAGAAGAUAGAGGAUGUACAUCAGCAGCAUCACCACCUGCAGUUUCUGUGGCAUUGGAGGAUGAAAAAGUGCAGUUUGUGAAAGGUAUGCAAAUAGUUAAACAAUAUAAAAUAACAUUUAUAAUUAAUGUUCCUAAUGUUUCAGCUCGUCUGUUGGAGAGGCGAAUUCAUCUUCAUGACGAAACGGUAGUUGCUAAGAAGGCCUCUGAAGGAUGUAACCGCCUGAUGCAAAUUGUUAUCAGUAAUGCUAAAGACGCUAAUAACAUGUUCCAUGUUAUGAUGUUUUAAUCCUUGUGAAUGAUUUUUAUAUAUGAAUUUCGUGCUUAAUAACCCAUGGACUACGGUUUUAAAACCACACUUUUAAUUUGUUCAAACACUCGAACUAAAUGACAUUGUUUUAUAAUUACUCAAUUUUUUUAUGCUUAAUCAAUAAUAAAAAUAAUUGUCGAUCCCAUUGCUAACCAUUUAUAGUUUUAUGCAGAAUAAUAUUUUCAUCACUAGCAAAUUAAAAGCAGAAUAUGCUUUUGAUUUUUGCUGUCAUUUUUCUAUCACAAUACCAAAUAGAGAUCUAAUUUUGCUAUCAACUUUGAAAUCUAUGAUUUCAUAAUGAGUAAUCAAUUUUCUGUAAUUUACAAAGUUUAAAAGCAAUCUGCAAACAAAAUAUGCUGUUGAUUUUUUGUUAUCAAUGCUUAUAAUAAUAAUCUAACCGAAUACUCAUUUUGCUAUCAAAUUAAGAAUCUCAUGAAUUCAAACUUAGUUAUCAUGUUGAUUUCACUGAUAGCAAAAUUUGUUU